AUUGUACGAAUGUGCAUUUGUUUUGCAGUUAGUUUCAUAGUCUUUCAUUCUCAUCUGAUAGACUAAUUGUACUUAGUAUUCUGUGUUUUCAUUUGUUUGUAAUUCCUAAUCUCUGCAUCUGUGUGUUGUGUAGAAUCAUUGCUCAUUCAAGAUGGCGGAUUCUCAAGUGCGAGAUAACAGUUCCCGGAUUCGGAGGAAUAUGUCAAAAUUGGCUUACCGGAGUAAAGAGAAAGUGAUGAGAUCAAUAGGACGAGCUGAAGAAACUAAAGAUGAAAUUCUUGACCAUUAUGUGAUGUUAAUAAACAAGCAACAGUUACAAAUGCAAAAGUUACACAGAGAUAUGAAGCAGUAUUUAGCAGCUCUAAGAGCGAUGAGUCUUUCACAGAAAGCCUUUUAUGAUUCUCUCUAUGAAGUUUAUGAUGAUGAUUGGGCAGGUAAAGACGUCAUUGCAUCUUGUUCACAGCGGAACCAACUAUUGCAUGAUGAUAUAUUUGCGAGAUUUCAAGCUGAAGUUACAGAUACAUUACAGAAUCAUUUGACAGAAUACAAUGACUGCAAAUUACGUGUUGAAAAAAGAAGUCGAAAGUUGGUUGAUUAUGAUGCAGCGCGCAGAACAUUGCAAUCAUUGGAAGCAUCCAGGAAACCUGACCCUACUAAAUUGCAAAGGGCACAAGAGCAUGUCAGAAUCACUAAAGAAAGAUACGAAGAGUUGAAUAGUCAAUUGCAUGAACAAUUACCAACGUUAUAUGAUUCAAGGCUUCCCGUUUGUACCAACACAUUUUCAAGUAUUUGUGAAAGUGAAAAGGUUUUUUCAAACGAGAUUGCAGAGAUGCGAGACAAACUAAAUAACGUUCUAUUGAGUCUCAAAUCAGCAUUUGAUGGCGGUCAAUAUCACAUUCAAAGAAUGAGACCUCCAAUGGAUAAUGGUCGAGUCGCAGCAACAACCAGCAGUAGUGAAAGUGCACAAGGAACUAAUAAUAGUUCUCCUGCUAAAAUUAUGACAUCAUCGACUGUGUCAUCACAAUCACCCACCAAAUCAAACAAAGAAGGAUCAAUACCACCAAGGUCUCCAAAUGAUGCAUCAAAAUCUCCAGGCAGUGAUCCCAGCACUCAUGAAUAUGUCAAUUUACAAGUUGGUUCAAUCCCUGAUGUGGUUCGUCCAGUAACAGAAGAAGAUGAAAAUACUUCUCCAAGUAAAGGGAGCAAUGAUGGUGACAAAAAUAACGCAAGAACAUUACCGAAACCGAAGGAUGAGUUGUAUUUAUCUCCGACUGUAAACAAAAAUCAAGAAGAUAUCAGCUAUAUUAUGGCGUCCGAUCCUUCAUUAUCUGCUCGAAAGUCGGAUCAUCGACCUAAAAUACCGAAGCCUAAACCAUCACCCAGGUCGCAAGUGUUUCGUAUCCCUUCUGAUACCAAAGACACUCGUCCACCCAUACCGAAACCCCUGCCGAGGACACUGAGUGCUCCGACGACAGAGCGCCCUCUACAUUUGAAGAAAAAUAAUACAUCGAUACAAGGAAAUUGGAGAUCACAUAAAAAUCAAUACACAGAUGUUCAUCUUAGAUCUCAUAAUCGUGACGCCGUGAAACAAAGUACAUCCUCUCUUCGAGAACAACGUCCUGAGAAGCCACGUCCGGUAUCUAUGUAUGUACCUGCAGCAUCCAGUGAGUUAAAAGUAGCAGACGAUGAAAAAACAAAGUCUAAGGAUGAUGGAAGUGGAAACGCAGACGCUAAAAAGCUGGACAGACAGUCGGCAAGCAAAUCGGUGAUAGUUCGAUCUCCUUCUUCCUCGGACAAAGAUAAGAAUACAAAUGCGGAAGUGUCACCCAAACCUCACAAAGGAUUUCUUGGUUUUUUGGGACUUAAAAGACAGUCAAAAAAAGCUGCUUCAUCUAAGCUUUCCACUCCAGCUAAAAAGGACGCAGAUGUAGCAAUGGAGGAUGUGAAACCCGGAGAGAAAUCCACACCGAGUGUGGUUCCUGCAGUGGCAGAUGCUGCAUCCAUAGCUAGCUCGAAUGAAGCCACUAAAAAUGACUCACAGGACAGUUCUACUACAAAAGAAGCAGAGGGUCCACCAUCUGAGAAGUCCAAACACCUUGAAUUUGAAAAAGUCACUUCUGAAGUACAUCAGCAAGCUCCGCUGCAGGAAAACGAUGAUGAAAACAUACAUAUAACUGGAGUUGAUAAUCCAAAAAAUAUUGCUUUUGAAGAGAUAAAUAAAAGCAGCGAAGAAUUACAAUUGAAUAAAAAUGAUUUUGCUGAAAGUACACCACAAGAAAACUUCUCUCCCAAAGUCCAAAAACAGGUUGGCGUUGGUGGCCCAUCAGCUAUUGCUGGAGAUUCUGACAAUGAUUCGGUUGGCAAUUACGAAGACAUGGAUUCUGCUUUCGCUCAUUAUGGAGCUGAAAGUGGUUUACCCGCAAGUCAUCUUCAAACAGAACAAGUUUGUGAUAAAACUAGCACAGAAGGUCAGACUAAUGAAAUAAUAGAUGAAAAGCGGCAACAACAUUCGAAUGAACAUGAUCUGGGCGAAACGCAAAAUGCGGUCGAAGUAAAUGCAGAGAUCAGAAGACUUUCUUUUGAAAAUGAAGCUGUUUAUUCUGUAGCUGUAGAUAUGGGACCUGGUAUUCCGUCUUCAGAAACACCAACUGCGUCUUCCGAAGUACCAGACACUCAAGUUAAACUAGAACCACCAAGUUUUUUUCCUGAUGCUUUUGGGGAAGCUGCUGAGCAUGGUACAACACCAGUUUCACUUGACGAAGCUUUCUCAGCACCUUCACCAAUCGAUAAUAACGUAAACCAACCGGGAGGUUUUACAGAACAACCUGGUUUUGGGAAAGAUUUGUUUGGAUCUGAGCCUUUUGAAUGUGUCAUAGAUGAUACCCAACAGACGCAUAGCUCUGAUAGUAAUGCUGAAAAAGAUGAUCCGUUUCCUGUUUUAGGAAGUCCAUCUCCAUUUGAUGACGAAGGAAAAACAAAUCAUGAAGAUUUUUUUGGAAUGGAUGAUACAUUCGAGGACCCCAAAAAGAAGACUGCUGAUACACAUCUGUAUGAAAAUAUUGAAUAUACUCAAGGUCAAAAACCAGAGAUUCAAGGUCAACAACCAGAAACUCAAGGUCAAAAUCAAGAAAGUCAAUUUCAUAAGCUAGAAACUCAAGGACAAAAGCUAGAAACUCAAGGUCAAAAGCUAGAAAUUCAAGGUCAAAAUCAAGAAACUCAAGGUCAAAAACAAGAAGCAGAAAAUGUGAUUAAUGUUGAUGUUUCUGCAACAAUCAAUUUUGAAAAAACUCAAACGAAUAUAAUCAAAGAAGAGAAAGUAACAGAAACUUCUCAAAACCAACAGCAAUCUGCAACAAUAUCACCGGCUACAAAUGACUCUCAAACUCCUCAAACAGAUAUUGAACCAGUAGAGCAAGUGAAUCAAGAGACUGUCAGCGAAAAACAAUCUGCUUCUGGGAAUGAUGGUUAUGUAGAAAUGAACUUCAAAUCAAAUGUGGCCACAAGUAGUAAUUAUGAAAACGUGAGUUUUCCUCUAGAAAAUGAAUCUUUUAUUCGUCCGCUCGAAGUAAAUCUUUCAGAUGAUGAUGAUGAGAUUGAAAAUGACAAAUCACAAAAUCAACAAAUCGAGGAACUUGACUUGGACUUAUUGAAGGAUGACAUUCCGAAGGACGCCAUAUCAUCCGGGCAUAAUGAAAAAGCUGGUGAAAUGAAUGAGGUAUUGCAGUGUUCAAAGUACUUGCAUUGUCCUUUAAUUCCGAUUGAUUGUCCUUUCCACUAAUUACACCAUUGUAAUUUGGAAGAUACGAUGUGAGAUUUUCAUCCGCAGAAUUGUUAAGCUUUGAUCAUGUAAUUGCUAUUUAAUCUGUUUUAGACUUUGGUGAAAAUGAGUUUCAAUCUGAGUAUAUUAUAAUUUUAUUGUUUGAUUGAGAUUUGUUAUCUUUUUGGUUUUGUACAAUGUCAUCAAGAUUUCAAAUUCUAUAUCAAUUAUUUUCAAUAUUUGUUGUUGUAAUUGGUAUAUAUCGUUUUUUGUGUCAGUAUUAUGUGUAAUUA